AUGUUUGCCUUUCCAUCAGUGUAUCCCAAAUGCCACAGCAAAGAGCGCUCAGCACUGUUGCAAUUCAAGGAAAGCUUUAUUAUUAGCGGAUAUGCUUCCAAAUUCCCUUUUGCUAAUCCCAAGGUCGAGUCUUGGAAGCUCGAAGGAAAUGUUAGUGAUUGCUGCUCAUGGGACGGUGUCAAGUGUGAUGAGGAUACUGGUCAUGUGAUUGGCCUUAACCUCAAUGCUAGUUGUCUCUACGGUUCGAUAGACUCCAACAGUAGUCUUUUCCAACUAGUACACCUUCAAAAGCUCAACCUCGCCAACAAUGACUUCAAUGGUUCUCAAAUACCUUCUGCCUUUGGUAAUCUUUCUGAGCUAACAGCUCUCGAACUCUCGAACUCCUUAUUUUUUGGCAAUAUUCCAUCAGAAAUUUUCAAGUUGUCCAGAUUAACUUACUUUGCCCUGUAUUCCAACUAUAAUCCAUUUUCUGAAAGGUUUUUGAAACUUAAAAGGGCUGACCUGAGAAGCCUAAUGCAAAACUUAACCAACCUAGAAUAUCUCUCGCUUGGUUCUGUAGAUAUGCCAUUCUCGAUACCUAAUAUAAUUGCAAAUUUCUCCUCAUUGAAAGUUCUCACUCUCAUUAAUGGUGGACUGCGUGGACAAUUUCCAGAGACAAUCUUUCAACUUCCAAACCUUCAGUCUCUUCGGGUGGCAUACAAUCCAGAUCUCACCGAUCACUUACCUGCCUCUAUAGGAAACCUCCAUUCCUUGGAAGAUUUGACUAUCGAUUCUUGCAACCUCUCAGGAUUGAUCCCAUUUUCAGUUGGCAAUCUUAGCAGGCUUGGAACGUUGAUCCUUCGAAAUAACUCUUUCAGAGGCCAAAUACCUUCUACGUUUGCAAACCUCACACAGUUGACUCGAUUGUUACUUGACUCGAACAAUUUGAGUGUAGGAACCUUGUCUUGGCUUGAUAGGCUAACCAAACUCCAAUAUUUAGGCCUUGAUCAACCACCAGCUGUUCUUCCAUGGUCUCAUUUGCGUGUUUUAGACCUCAGUUCAAACAUGCUCCAAGGCUCACUUCUAGUUCCUCCAUUCUCUACCAUUCAUUAUUCAGUCUCAAACAAUUCAUUGGCUGGGAAUAUCCCACCAUCAAUUUGCAAAGUUGAUGGUGAGGACCAGUUAAUAUACAUGCAGGCAGAUACAAGUAUCAGCAUAAAUGGUCAAUGGAUGCCACAUUAUUUUGCGUAUUCAAUGACUUUGACAAACAAAGGUUUGGAGAUGGAUUAUGAAAAGAUCUUAGAGAUUUUGAUAUUCAUCGAUCUAUCAUGCAACAAAUUCGAAGGAGAGAUACCAGAGUUCAUUGGGAAUCUAAAGGGGCUUCGUUUGCUCAACCUUUCCGACAACAUUCUCUCUGGUUUCAUCCCACCAUCCAUUGGAAAUCUAGCAAAGCUUGAAGCAUUGGACUUGUCUCAAAACAGGCUUUCUGGGAAGAUCCCACAACAACUUGUGCAGCUCACUUUCCUCGAGUUCUUUAAUGUGUCUCAUAACCAUCUGGCAGGGCCAAUACCAGGAGGAAACCAAUUCAAUACAUUUCAGAACAAUUCAUUUGAUGGAAAUCCAGGACUCUGUGGGGUGCCAUUGUCGAAGAAAUGUGGAAAUCUCAACGCCUUGACUGCUCCGGCUCUGGCUCCAGCUCAUGAACCAUUAAGACUUGACUGGAAAUUUGUUGUGAUUGGGUAUGGAAGUGGAUUUGUCGUUGGAGUGGUUAUGGGACACAUCGUAACCAAAAGAAAACAUGAUUGGUUCAUGAAGUCUUUUUGGAUUAGGCAACAACGAAGGCAACGACGCACAUGGAGGAGACGCGGUAACUGA